GUCGAUGCCCGACAGACAGGCUUCGACCUUCGACGCGUAAUAUUCGGAACUUCCGAACAGGAGACGAAGCCCACGCGAGGUCAUCCCGCUCAUCGUGCGCGCGGUGGACGCGGCCACUUUGCUGCAUGUGCCCUGGGCUCUAUGACGACUAUCUCGUCCCGCUGCGCAGUUCGUCAGACGUCCCUGCGAUGCGAUCUACAGUCGGGGGGGUGCCCAUCGUUGUUGUUGCCGGAGAAUCCCAGCCGCGGAAAACUAAUGCGUGAACGAAUGGGAAAUUCGCCAACGGCUCAGAAACGAGAUCAGCCUCACAUAACAGGGAAGCACGAGGGUGUUU